GACGAAUCUUCCCAAAGAGGUGAUGAUGUUUCCUGAUUUCCCCUUCGACUCCAAGCUGAGCAGCUUUUUGCCGCACCACGAGGUCCAGAACUAUCUGGAGAAAUACUGCCAGAGCCACGGCAUCCGGCCUCACAUCCGCAGAGAUGUUGCCUUCAGGGACCAUCAGAACCAGGGAGAUGUUGCCUUCAGGGACCAACAGAAGCAGGGAGAUGUUGCCUUCAGGGACCAACAGAAGCAGGGAGAUGUUGAAUUCAGGGACCAACAGAACCAGGGAGAUGUUGCCUUCAGGGACCAACAGAACCAGAGAGAUGUUGAAUUCAGGGACCAACAGAAGCAGGGAGAUGUUGCCUUCAGGGACCAACAGAAGCAGGGAGAUGUUGCCUUCAGGGACCAACAGAAGCAGGGAGAUGUUGCCUUCAGGGACCAACAGAAGCAGGGAGAUGUUGCCUUCAGGGACCAACANCUGUAUGAACUGGAUCCAGACCCCAAGAGGAAGGAGUUUUUGGACGACCUCUUCACCUUCAUGCAGAAAAGAGGAACCCCGGUCAAUCGCAUCCCAAUUAUGGCCAAGCAGGUCCUGGAUCUGUACAUGUUGUACAAGCUGGUGACGGAGAAGGGAGGCCUGGUGGAGGUGAUCAACAAGAAGAUCUGGAGGGAAAUCACAAAGGGGCUCAACCUGCCGACCUCCAUCACCAGCGCUGCCUUCACCCUGCGCACACAGUACAUGAAGUACUUGUACCCGUUUGAGUGUGAGAGGAAGGGUCUCAGUUCUCCAGGUGAGCUUCAGGCUGCCAUCGACAGCAACAGACGUGAAGGCCGGCGUCCGAGCUACAGCAGCAGCCUCUUCCGCUUCUCCCCCUCCCCGAGCACCGCGCCGCACAUCCUCUCUCCUCCCAAGAUGCACCUGGGCAGCCUGGCCGUGCUCAACGGCAUGCACGUCUCCCCGGGACACGUUAUGAAGAAAGGUAGGAGCCAUGAAGCUGUGGAUGUAGAAACGUCUAGCAGCUAAAGAGACGGAAA